GCACAGGGGCCCUCGCCAGCUACGCGGUGACCAGAGCGGAGACGCAGAAAUGCUCCGACUUCUGGAUUUACCUGGAGACAGGCAAGUCCCCGCAGGAGCUCGCCACGGCCAGCGAGGUGUCUGAGCCCGCAG